GAGGAGGGAACGGGAAUGUCAGUAAGAGGCAAGUAUUGUAAAAGGUGGUAUCCAUUGGGUGCCCUGUGGGUUAAGGAAGGCUGGAGUAACCCUAUUGGUCCCCUAGAACUACAAUCCCCAGAAUGCCGCAGUGCAGGCUCCCUUUGGGCUCAGAGCACUGCAGGAUCGGCUGCCAGGGUAGUCUGGCUUACCUGCGAUCAUGGCUUCUCCUUGCAAGGUGGUGAUUGUUCCCGGGAACGGAGACGUGAAUGUGGCGGACGAGGACGGAUGGUAUUGCUGGGUGAAGAAGAGGCUGGAUCAGUUACAGCUCGAGAGAGCAUCUGGCUGCCCUUCAUGGAGACAGAGCUGCAUUGUGACGAGAGGACCAUCAUCAUAGGCCACAGUUCCGGGGCCAUCGCAGCCAUGAGGUAUGCAGAAACACAUCGAGUGUUUGCGAUUGUAUUAGUGUCUGCAUACACAUCAGACUUAGGGGAUGAAAAUGAACGUGCAAGUGGCUACUUCAACCGCCCUUGGCAGUGGGAGAAGAUCAAAGCCAACUGCCCUCUCAUUGUGCAGUUCGGCUCCACUGAUGAUCCUUUCCUACCAUGGAAGGAACAACAAGAAGUGGCAGACAGUUUGGAAACCAAAUUUUACAAAUUCACUGACCGUGAGCACUUUCAGGACACAGAGUUUCCUGAAAUGAUUGAGGUGGUAAAGGCUAUACUGAAAAUAUCAGCACAAACAGAAUGAGGUCUGCUAUUUUGCAUACCAGUAUAGUAGAACAAUGAUCAGAUUAUAGGUAAUUCAUCAGAAAUGCCUAAAACCCCCCCACAAAUUUCAGUGUUCAAACUAAGUUACAAAUAACAUUUCCAUUUUCCUUAGACUCUAUAUCUUUCCAAAUUGCUAUGAAUUAAAGCAGUAUUUUCCCUAUGAUAAGGGACAUAAGGACAUGUUAACCAUCCAAAGUGAAUAAGACACAAAUGGAACCCAGGUUUCCUGGUUUCUAGCCCAGAUUAAAACAAAAUUAAUUUAAUGUAUACGAGUUGUA